UGCGGGAAACGCAAGAGAUGCAGUUGAGGACGUUUUUGACCAUGGUUGGGGAGGGGUUUGCGGCCCUUGAAAAAAACGGGAACAUCUGGGAUGUCAAGGAGUGGAGCACCUCAUCUUGGGAGCAGAUGCGGCGGAGGAAUUGGGAAUAGGGGAUCACAUCCUUGCAGGAUGCUAGAACUCAGCAGUGAUAGUGACAGUGAGCUCGAGCUGAUCGACUGCCCUCGCCAUGUCCGCCGGCCCGGAAUCAAACGGCGCAGGAUCCUCGAUGGCACCAACGUACAUGCUGUCCCCAUUUACACCGGACGGGUCAGCCGGACGUUGACGCUGUAUCAGGAGAACCCUGAAGAAGUGGACCGGGCAUUCCAGCGGCUGGCAUCAGAGCCGGAUUCGGAGGAUGAUCCAGAUGGAAAUAGCGAGUUGGAGAGCAGACGGCACAGGAGAAGGAAACGGCCGUCCGCACAGGCCCAGAGGAGGGGUCUGCAUUCUGACUCGGAGCAGGAUGAGGACCUGAAUCUGAGUGUCUCCAGUAGUCAUAAGGACCGCUCGCCCUCUCCACCCUCCACACCCAGCACACCUUCCCGACGGACUAGACGAGCUUGCAUCGCUAUAAGGGAAGCAGACAGGAACCUGAAACAGCUCAAAGUUUUCCAUUCGAGCCCCGUGAAUACCAGGGUACAGUGCGAAUCUGAAGACGUGGUGCUGGUGGGUGUGUUACCGACUGUUCCCACCACUCCCCGGGAGAUUACAGUCAAGGUCCGUUGUCGGGGAGAAAUCUACCGAAUACCGAUGAGGGUGACGGAACCCCUACAGAAGGUGAUUGACUACCUGUCGGGACGACUGAAGGUCAAAGCUGAUAGAAUUCUUCUCCUACAGAAGGACGUGGAAGUCCCACGUAUAGGGACCCCUGAGUCUCAGAACAUUGGCGUGGCAGACAUUUUGGAUUGCUUUGUGAUGUCUGAAUAUCCUGCACAGCUCACCGACAAGAUCUGCCUGCGCGUACGUGGAGUGGAGAAAAACUCAUUCCAGGUCAUCACCAUUGGAAAGACCGAGUCACUAAAGAGACUAAUGGAGGAUUACAAGGAGCGGAUGGAUCUACAGCGAUGUCGGCUGACUUUCCACUUUGAUGGCACCGAGCUGUUGGAGAACAGCACUCCCCAGGACAAUGAGAUGGAGAGCGACGAUGUGAUUGAUGUCCGGAUAUGCUCGUCCUGAAUGCCGGGCUGGGAAUGGUCUUUAGUCACAUUUGCUAGUGGGAUUUCGAUCAAAGAAACGGUGGCCACAUUACUAGAGGAAGCAGCAAUGCAGACCAGCAGCUCCAUCAGCAGUGACAACAUACUUAAACUACUCGACUUCUGCCUCAUUUGUCGUUAUUAAAUGCAACAAAUUAGAACAGACCCACUACCUCAUCAACCGUGUAUUCACAAGGAUAAAAUUCACAAGAGAAGAAGAAAACAACAAUCAACUUCCAUUUCUGGAUGUUAAAAUUGAGGUUAUGACCAAUGGGGAGUUCCAAACCUCAGUAUACAGAAAAGCAGCCCACACUGAUCAAAUCCUCAACUUCCACAGCAACCAGCCAAACAUCCACAAACAAAGUUGCAUUAGGACACUAUUUAAGUGGGCCACGACACACUGCAACACUCCAGAACUACGCAGGAAAGAGGAAGAGCACCUUUACAAAAUCUUUACAAUGAACGGAUACCCCUGCAACGCCAUCCGCAGAUGCCUACUAAACAGACAGCACCAGGAGGACACAGUACGUCCGAACACACAGCCACACAGCCACACUGCCCUACAUCAAGAACAUAUCAGAACUGACAACAAGACUCCUAAGACCACUAGGAAUCAUGGUAGCCCACAGCCACUCUAUUACAAACACUCACAAGGAUUAAAGACGCCAUUCCCACAACAUGCAGAACCAACGUGCUUUAUAAAAUACCAUGCAACGAUAGCCACAAACAUUACAUCAGGCAGACAGGAAGAAAACUAGCCAUCAGAAUACCUGAACAUCAGCUAGCAGCAAACCGACACAAUGAACUUGCCUUAAUACCAGUACAGUCAGACUAUGUAGGCCAUCAGUUUAACUGGGACAACAUAACCAUAGUAGUCCAAGCCAAACAUAGACAUGCGUGGGAAUUCCUAGAGGCAUGGCUUUCAACCCCAUAAUGCUAUCAACAAACAUGUAGAAUUGGACCCCAUAUACAAACCCAUGCAGAUCAAAACUGUAAAUAACACCACUCGGCACAAUGAACCAGACCGUAUAAAUUCCAAGCCGAGUAGAACAACAUUGCUUCAUUGGAGGCCUCACUGUUGAUGUCACCUAGCAUGGUGAUGAAAUGUCUGAACAGAAACAAGCCAGCUCUGCAAGCAAGUCAACAACCUUACCCACAACCCGAGCUACAAAUCUUUGUGCAGCCUACUAUUGAAAUCCCCCAUUCUACGGAAAAGAGAACUCCCAUUAAUGAAUCAGUACCUCUCAUUAUUUUAUAAACUUCUGUCAGGUCAUCUCUCAACCUUGUACGCUCCAGUGAAAAAAGUCUCAGCCUAUCCAGCCUUUGUGUAUAACUCAAUACUUCCAUUCCCAGCAAAAUUCUGGUAAAUUUCUCCUGACCCCUCUCCAGCUUAAUAAUGUUCUUCCUAUAACUGGGCAAUCAGAACUGGAUACAGUAUUCCAGAAGAAGCCUCACCAAUGUCCUGUACAAUCUCAACAUGACUUUCCAACUCCUGUACCUAAAGCACUGAAGAAACCACUUCUAAACUUAGAGUAGUGGAGGUUUGAGAUGCACUUCUUCAACCGGUUUUUGGUGCUAAUUCAUUUGUUAAAUCUAAACCUGUUAAAUACAAUUUUUAUUAAGGAGGUCCCUAUCUGUGAGUUAAGAAGAACUGUUUAAGAAGUGUGUAAUAACAUCUCUGAACAGGUUGAUUCUCCACCAGAUUUGUUUUUAAAAAUCCACUCCUGCGAGUGCCAGACUCUAAUUGUAAAGGAAGUGGAGUAUAAAAAUCAGAAAGUUUUGCUAAGACUGCACAAGACUCUAGUCAGAGCACAGCUGGAAUACUAUAAAUGGCCGUGGUCCCCAUAUCUGAUGAAAGACAGUCUGGCAUUUCAGGCAGUCCAGAGAAAUUCACUUAGUCUCUCCAUAACUGGAACUAGCUAUCUUAGGAGGAGAGGCUGAGUAGGUUGUGACUGUACUCUGGGAGUUUACCACAAUGAGAGGUCAGAUUACUAAAACAUGAAAGAUUAUUCGAGGAAUUGACAAGGUAGAAGAGGAGAGAUUGCAUGCCAUUGUGAGUGAGUUUUGGACCAGAGGGCAUCAUUUCACAAUAAUAGGUUACCUAUUUAAGACAGCAUUCAGGAUGAAUGUCUUCUCUUGGAGAAAAAAGAACCAUUGGAAUUCUUUUCUAUAGAGAGCUGUCAAGGAUGGGUCACUCAGUAUGUUCAUGGGUAUGAUUAACAGAUUUUCAAUCUGGGCAGGAAUCGAUGAAUUAUCCAGAAAAGGUAGGAAAGUGGAAUUGAGGAUCAGUCAUGAUCUCAUUGAAUGGCAGAGCAGAGUUGAUUGGCUUAAUGGGUUCCUUCUGCUCCUCUGUCUUCUGGACUGGUCUCUGCAAAUGGCUGCAAGUUGAAAACCUUCGUGAAAUGUGAACUUCUCAAAGUCUGCCUUCUGUGUUCAAUGCUGCAUUAAUGAGGUUUGUAUUGUUGGUCGUGCCUCAAGAUGCCUGAUCUCUAAGAUUGGGUACCUCCUCUCCGAUACUAACCCCAUCUAUCUCCUCCUUUAAAACCAGUCUUGAAACCAUCCUGCUUUGAACAAGACUUGGUGUGCUGCUCUUCAUAUAAGAAUUAGAGAAUUUAUACAGUUCAGGAGGAGGCCAUUCUACCCAUCGUGUCUCUUCUGGCUCCCAAAAGUGCUGCCCAGCUAGUCCCAUUCUCUAGCACUAUCUCCUACCCCAUAUUGAUUCAUCCCUUUCAAAUUUAUAUCCAGCUCUCUUUUGAACCCUCCUACAGCACCUGCCUCCAUCACUCUCCCAGGUAGCACGUUCUGAACUCCAGCAAUUUCCUGAGAUAAGAAUUUACUGCGUUAUGGACAUGGGGAUCUAUCCACUUUUAAGCCCACCAAGGUUACUGAUAUAUUGUCACUGGCUGAAUGCAAGCUGCUCGAGAAGCUCACGAUCCCUCUCCCCAAAUAGCUCACAGUUCGGAGCACAUUUCUCAAUUCUCAAUAUGCUGUAUCAAUAUUAGGAGCAAAAACAGAAGUUGCUGGAAAAGCUUGGCAGGUCUGGCACCAUCUGUGAAGAAAAAUCAGAGUUAACAUUUCAGGACCCAUGUCCCUUCCUCAGAACCCGUAUCAAUAUGAUGUCAGACGUGGAGCAUUGCACACAGUUCUGGUCUUCACAAGGAAUUAUUAGAACACUUCAAGCAAUCUGCACUGUUAUGACUCCAAUAAAUUCCAGUCAGAAUGGGGAGGUCACAAUCUGCAUAGUUCUGGCUCUGUUUAUUUCAGGGAGUUGACAGGUGGAUGUCCUAUUGUGUAUGAUUGUGAACAUCAAUGAACUUCUUAGCUCCACUCUUUUCAUGUAUAUUAGAAGGAAUUUACUGCAGUAAGGUACCAUGUGAUAAACAUGUUUAAAUGAGGGUCAAGGGGGCAUGUCUGCACUUCCAAGCUUGUUGCAUAAAUUUCUGAAAUUGAAGAAAAAAAGGCAACAUGCACACUGGAAGACAUCUGAGUUUCCGACUGGACAGUUCUGUCAUCUCAGCAAUUCAGGCUACAUUUGAUGUUGUCAAUCCAAUGAGCCCUGACCCAUUGCUUUCUCAGCCACGUGAAUAAAACUGGGUGACAUUACAAGAA